AUGGGAGCCACUGCCCCAGUGUGACCUGCCUCUAAGGUACAACAAAAUAAAGACCAUCCAUCACAUUCCCUCAGACACCUCCCAGUAUGGAUGGCUUGGUUGAACAAAGCAACGUGAUAAUGCACAGUAAGAUCGCCGAAGCUGGGAAAAGGAAUGGUUUAAUUAAUACGAGGAACUUAGUGGCAGAGAGCCGAGAUGGCCUGGUCUCUGUGUACCCAACUCCCCAGUACCAGAGUCACCGAGUGGGGAGCCUUUCCUCUCCGAGCUGCCAGGAAAACGGCAGGAACGACCCUGUGCAGCAGCUCCUGGACCCCAACAUGCUGCAGCAGACAGUGGAGUCUCACUACCGGCCCAACAUCAUCCUCUACUCAGAGAACGUGCUGCGCUCGUGGGGUGAGAGCAUCGGCUCGGAGUGCUGUGAAACCACCUUCAUCGAGGACCGCUCCCCCACCAAAGACAGCCUGGAGUACCCGGACAACAAGUUCAUUGAUCUUUCAGCAGAUGACAUCAAGAUUCACACCCUUUCCUAUGAUGUGGAGGAAGAGGAGGAUUUCCAGGAGCUAGAGAGUGAUUACUCAAGUGACACUGAAAGUGAAGACAAUUUCCUGAUGAUGCCACCAAGAGAUCAUCUCGGCCUCACUGUGUUCUCCAUGCUCUGCUGCUUCUGGCCAUUGGGAAUUGCUGCCUUUUACCUGUCUCAUGAG